AUGGCAUCUGUACUCCAAAAUGUCAAAGCAACAGUGGCGUGGCGGAAACACCGGCUCCUAGCUGACCUCAAUGAGAAUGAGAGCCCUGUGCCUGACAAAUUCAAGAGCAGGGCCUCUCUGAGUUCUCUCAAUACCAUUCGCAUGUCUUUAAGGAAACGGGUACUACUAAAGCGAGUAGAGCUGAAUUUCCAUAAAACCCCAACUAGGGAAAUUCUGGAACCAAGACAGAGGUGCCAAACUCUUCACACUAUUAAAAGAACAGCAAAAGAUGCUUUUGGAACAGUGUCUCAGAAAAUACAAAAGUCUUGCCAAAGCCCAGUACGCUCUGUGGUGACCCUUCCAGCUGAAUCCAUCAGCAGCAGCUGUGUGACCAGUUCUACCAAAAAAAGAAGUACUACACCUCAAACACCUUGUUCUAAGACUGUUACUCCAGCAGCCAGUUCCAAAGGCACUCCAAGGUCCAGCAAAAGGGCCUUGCUUGGGCCAACAAGGGUAUCAGAACAUAGAGAAUGGAGGGAUUUCUCAUCCUGGCUUGGUAAAAAUGCUGUCACUCUCCAGAGAUCCAGAAGAGCAGCAGCACUGAAGAGCCCUUAUUCAUCACCUGGUCCUUCCAGCAGAAAGAUAGAGUUUGACUGCGAGCUGGAACUGGUCUCCUCAGGGAUUUGCCAGCUGAAGUGUAUCUCCCAAGCAAUUGAUGAUGCCAUUGUGAAAGAGGAGAGGCAAGAAGCAAUAUCCAACUACUACUAUGUAAUGGCACAAAACUCAGUCUGUGCAUCGACCCCUGAAACUAUCUCAAGCUAGCAGAAGGCAAGCAAAGAAACUCCAUCAAGCACCUAGACAGAGAUGGCUGUAACUGCUUUUUCAUGUUUCCAAGUUUAUGAGCUCAUAUAAAGGAGAGGUCUGUAGGGCACCUGAAAGGCUGCACUCUAUACACUUAAAUGAGCUAUUACUUUUUUUUUUUUUUGAUGAAGCAGCUCAGGACUUCCCUUGCUUUCUCUUUCCAAGUAAAGAGAGAAUCAAAAUAUACCAACCACAGUGUAUCAUCUCUCGCUGAGAUGAGGGAACCCUCUUGAAAGUGACUUGCAUAAGGCAGUAAGUACUUAAAAACUGAUGCUGAACUGGUCAGUAAGAAUGGCCAAAGUAAGAGCUUAUGAUAGACUUAUGAAGGGUAAUCCUAGGUAAGACUAGUGUUUAAACUGGUAUCCAGCAGCCAUGAGAUUUAGCCCAAACAUUUUCCAUGUGAAAAAGAUUGGUGUCUUAUUUUGAAAGCCUAACUUGUUGCUUUUUUUUUUUUUUUUUAUUAACAUACUAAAAGUUAUUCAUCAUAUUAGCUGGAAGUUAAUAAAACAGUAGUGGCAUCUUUGAGUUCUAAGCAAAACUGCCAAAGCAACAGGUGUCUGUGGUGUCACUCAUGCCACAAGAACAGAGCCAUA